UGUUUGUUAUAGUGCAUGCGCGCGUGCAGUGGGUUUGUUGAUGCUGAGGGAGCCCCUCUUAUAAUGUACAGAGGAAGCAAGAGACAACCUCCAACUUCCUCCGCCUCGACUCGACUCGCCUGACCGCCUUGAGGCUCCUGCACGCCGGGGAGGAGCAAGGCUCUCCGGACGCUCACACUCUCCAGCCCUCCGCCCUCCAUGAGGAUUGUUCCCGGUGGUUGCCUGCCUGGUGGAGCGAGCGAGAGUUUCGGGGGUUGCCGACGCCGGGCCUCGGCGGUGGCUUGCACCGGGUUCGGCCUUUUCCCAUCACCGUCAACCCGGGAGACGGUUCGGUCGCGGAGAGGAGAAGGGGGAAGACGCGGAGGGGGAGGAGGAGGAGAAGGAGGAGGAGAAGGAGGAGCGGUCCUCGCCGCCGGCAUCGCCCCGAGGUUGCAGCGCUGUCUGAAGGCUUUGGAUGAGCCGCCGUUGCCUCAGCAGAGAUGGCUGUUCUCAAACUGGCCGACCAGCCUCCUCUCAUCCAGGCCAUCUUCAGCGGAGAUCCAGAGGAGAUCCGAAUGCUCAUAUACAAGUCUGAAGACAUCAACGCUCUGGAUGCUGAGAAGCGCACUCCGCUUCACGCGGCGGCUUUCCUUCGCGAUGCCGAAAUCACUGAACUCCUCAUCCUUUCCGGCGCCCGUGUCAACGCCAAGGACAACAUGUGGCUCACACCGCUGCAUCGCGCCGUGGCGUCACGCAGCGAGGAAGCAGUGCGAGUGUUGAUCCGCCACUCGGCCGACGUGAACGCCCGCGACAAGAACUGGCAGACGCCGCUCCAUGUGGCCGCUGCCAACAACGCGCUGUGCUGCGCUGAGAUCAUUAUCCCGAUGUUGAGCAGUGUGAACGUGUCGGAUCGCGGUGGACGCACCGCUUUGCACCACGCUGCCCUCAAUGGCCACAUGGAGAUGGUGAAUCUCCUCCUUGCCAAAGGAGCCAACAUCAACGCUUUUGACAAGAAGGAUGGGCGAGCGUUGCACUGGGCAGCCUUUAUGGGUCAUUUGGAUGUGGUGUCGCUUUUGGUGAGUCAGGGGGCGGAGCUCUGCUGUAAGGACAAACGAGGGUACACGCCCCUGCACACGGCGGCAUCUAGUGGACAGAUGGCAGUGGUGAAGCAUUUGCUCAACCUCGCCGUGGAGAUCGACGAGUCCAACGCCUUCGGCAACACGCCGCUGCAUGUGGCAUGUUUCAAUGGCCAGGACGCUGUCGUCAGCGAGCUCAUCGACUACGGCGCCAACGUCAGCCAGCCUAACAACAAAGGCUUCACGCCGCUGCACUUUGCGGCCGCUUCUACGCACGGAGCCCUCUGUCUGGAAUUUCUAGUUAACAACGGCGCCGAAGUCAACGUGCAGAGUCGAGACGGGAAGAGUCCUCUCCACAUGACAGCAGUGCAUGGUCGCUUUACUCGCUCUCAGACUCUCAUCCAGAAUGGCGGAGAGAUCGACAGCGUGGACAAAGACGGCAACACGCCGCUGCACGUCGCUGCUCGCUAUGGCCACGAGCUGCUUAUCAACACGCUCAUUACCAGCGGAGCCGACUGUACCAGGCGAGGCGUGCACGGCAUGUUCCCCCUGCACAUGGCUGCCUUGAACGCUCACUCGGACUGCUGCCGCAAGUUGCUAUCCUCAGGCCGGAGAUUUAGCAUAAUAUGUAACGACUCGGUCCUGUGUGCAGGCUUUCAGAUUGACACCCCCGACAGUCAGGGAAGGACGUGCCUGCACGCCGCCGCUGCCGGAGGUAACGUGGAGUGUGUCAAGCUGCUCCUGACAAGUGGCGGUGACCACAACAGGAGAGACAACUGCGGCAGGACCUCUCUGCACUAUGCUGCCGCCAGUCGACACUAUCAGUGUCUGGAGACGCUGGUGGUUUGCGGGACGGCAAUCAAUGCCACCGACAAGUGGGGGCGCUCUGCUCUGCAUUAUGCUGCAGCUUCCGACUUGGACAGAAGGCGACGUGUUGCUCUGGAGCCUGAAAGUGAAGGAGUUCAGGCAGAGAGGGAGAAAGAAGCAGCACUAUGUUUGGAAUUUCUGCUACAGAGCGGAGCGACGGCCUCGCUCAAAGACAAACAAGGAUAUAGUCCUGUUCACUAUGCCGCAGCCUACGGACACAAACACUGCCUGGAGCUGCUCCUGGACAGAGAUGACGGUUACCAUGACGACCUUGAAUCUCCCAAUGCCAGGAGCCCCCUGCACCUCGCUGCGUACCACGGUCACUCCCAGGCCCUUGAGGUGCUCCUGCGUGGGGAGAGGGAGGUGGACCGGGUGGACGAAGCCGGCCGCACCCCCUUGGCCAUGGCGGCGCUGCGGGGCCACGCCGACUGCGUUCACAUUCUCCUCGGGCAGGGGGCGUCGCCGCACACUUGUGACACGCGGCACAGGCGCACCCCCGUACACUUAGCAGUGAUGAACGGCCAUACGACAUGUUUGCGCCUCCUGCUGGAUGAAUCGGGGAACGCGGAGCUGGCUGACAUCGCCGACCUUCAGGGACAGACACCUUUGAUGCUCGCUGUGGCGGGGGGUCACGUCGACGCCGUCUCGUUGCUGCUUGAGCGGGAGGUGGAUGUCAACAUGGCUGACAAGCACGGCUUGACUGCGCUGCACCUCGGGCUACUAUGUGGCCAGGAGGAGUGCGUCCAGUGUCUGCUGGAGCAAGAGGCGUCCAUCUUGUUGGGCGAUGCUCAGGGUCGCACUGCCAUUCACCUCGCGGCGGCAAGAGGCCACGCCUCCUGGCUGAGCGAGCUGCUCGGCAUGACCUGCCCCGAGCUCGAUUCGCUGCCUCCACUCAGAGACCACCAAGGCUAUACGCCGCUGCACUGGGCCUGCUACCACGGUCACGAGGGCUGUGUGGAGGUUCUUUUGGAGCAGAAAGGUUGUCGGUGCAUUGAUGGGAACCCCUUCACGCCUCUGCACUGCGCUGUGGUGAAUGACCAUGAGGCUUGCGCAUCAUUGCUGCUGGAGGCAAUGGGAUCUGACAUCGCCGGCUGCAAAGAUGCUAAGGACAGGACACCUCUCCAUGCGGCGGCCUUCUCGGGUCAUGUAGACUGCAUCCAGCUGCUCCUUUCCCAUGACGCGCCAGUUGACGCUGUGGACCAAUUGGGUCGCACGGCGCUGAUGAUGGCGGCCGAGAAGGGUCGCGUCGGGGCCCUUGAGGUUCUGUUGAACAGCACCAACAACUGCCUCCAUUACACCGAUAAAGACAGCAACACUGCCCUGCAUCUAGCGUGUAAAAAUGGAAAGGAAGACUGUGUCCUGCUUAUUCUGGAGAAGUUACCCGAUUCUGCACAAAUCAACGCCACAAACGCUGCGCUACAAACGCCUCUCCACUUGGCGGCUCGGAGUGGACUAAAACAGGCAGUCCAGCAGCUUCUGUCCCGAGGAGCCAACAUUCAGACGGUGGAUGAAAAUGGUUUGACCCCCGCUCUGGCUUGCGCGCCCAGCCGCGAGGUGGCCGACUGCCUGGCGCUCAUUCUGGCAACCAUGAUGCCUUUCUGCUCCCCUUGCAGCUCCGGCGCCCCCUCCCCUGGCGCCCUGCUGAGGCUGCUGCCCCCUAAGGUGCACAAAGACCGUGCCGCGGCCGCCGCCCCACGGGACCAGCGCCGCGCCAGGAAUCCCUCCGGACCUUCCAGUGAGGGCACCACAGAGAACGACUCUGAGGAUUCUGAAACUUUCUGACCCUUGCCGGUCAGCGGGAUUCUUCUCUUUGCCCACUUUCCGAGAAGAAGAAGUUGAGGCGUGUCAUUUGCAUGUUGCAGUUUCUCCUUUCUACACACGGGUGCUCAAAUCCAAAUUGACCUCGGUACUCGGCCUCGGGGCGGUGGCACGAUUCGCCUCCCGGUCGGUUCUUCGGGUCUUUACAAGCGAGAAGAAGCCAUUUUUGAUGGUCUUUAUUUUGUACAAAACAAAGUGAAAAGGUCAAUGUGAUUUGGGCUGUUUUAGUUGAUAUUUUUGUUUCAUGUGCUAAAUAAUCAGCUUUUUACACAAUCAUCAUAAUGUUGAUACUUAAUAUUCACUGGAAAGACGUGGCAAAGGCACUGGGUCCAUUAACGUUUUAUUACAAAAAGAGGCUUAGUCGACUUGUUCCUUGAAACAAAAAUCUGAGUGGUUAUAAUAUUUCAAAACACAGAAAAGGUAGUGGUCAUUUACCAAGAAUAUUUUUUAUGCAACAAGUUGGCGUAUUAUGCCAAAAGUCACAAUUUCAUGACAAAGUUGAAGAUAAUGAACGUCAAAAAUCACUUGCCAGAAGCAAGUCAGAGCAGUUCGUCAAAAAUUGCGAAUUAUAAUUGUUUUUAUUCGAAUCUACAAAGUCCUACUUUUACAGAAAGAAAAAUUGUAACUCUUUAAUUUUACAAACAUUUGAUUGGGAUUUAAAAAUUCACUUAAGUUGAAAUAUUACAACAAAAAAAAGCAAUCUUGAUUUUGCAUGAAUAAAUGUAAUUAUAGUGAGAAAGCUGUCAUUUAUUUUAGAAAAAGUUGAAAAAUGCGAAAGUUAGAAAUGCCGAGAUAAAAAAACAUUGGCGGAAAUAUCGUAACGAGUGUACGUUGCUUUUAUUUAUUUUAUUGUUACUUGAAGCACAAACGGUGACCGGUUGUGUCGGAAAGAUUCCCAAAAUGUGUGCACACUUUCUCGCUUUGACAUUUGCGAAUCAGGGUUAGCCGAGGUUAGCCUCUUGAAACAAGACAAAAAUUUUGCCGAAAAACAUUCCCGUCAUCGCGUAGGUUCUCCUGACAUUAUUUCGAAAUGCAUUUCUUUUGACACGAUGGUACACACAAAUUGCCAGCACUUCAAUGGAAAGCCUCCGCGUGACUACCUACCAGCAAUGUGCCAUUAAAUGUGUGCCUUGAUGUCUGCUUUUUUUUUUUUAAAUCAACAAUUUUUACUGGAAAAAAAGAUAAACAGUACAUAAACGUCCAAAUGUCACCCCAAUCACAACUAGCACAUUUCAUUGUCGUUAUUGAUGCGAUGGGUGUUGGGACUCUUACCAAGGAACAUUACGGACACACUCAAAAAAAAAAGCCGUAAAAUCCUGUGAAUGGCGCAGAGCAGUGAAUAAUGUGGCCCCUUUCCCAGUCACCCUAAAAAGAUUUUUUUUUCUCGAGUGAAUAAGAAUGAAGAAAGAUAUACCAAUCAAGUGUAAUUGGUUGUCAAUCCAGGUUAAAAACUGCGCUCGUUUGCCAUACCUCUGAUUAAGGUCGUUCAAAAAUCAUGUUUUCGAAAUCUUGCACUUCACACACUUUGGAGUAAUUUAAGUAAGGUGUAUUUUUAAAAUGGCUUUACUUUGCUUUUCAGUCUGUCUAACGCUAGAACUGAUUUUAAAUGGAUCCUAUUUUCGGCAAUAGAAGGUGCUUCGGAGUGUAAGGCGGACCUUCUUCAAAGAACGCCCAAUUUUAAAACUGUUUUCAUAUAUAGGACGCAGGGCAUUACAAGGUGCAUAGAAGCUACAAUAGUGGUUGCGGUUGCGCAGUGCUAGAUACUAGAUGGAGCUACGCUAAAGGGAAUAAAAUACAAUACAGCUUUAUUUAUGUCGAGCUUUCACAACCCCUGCAGCUGUAACAAACCCUUUACAUAACAUUUAAAAUACUUUGUCUAAAAAAAUGUGAAUAUUUAUCCAUGUGUAAAGGCGAUUAUAAGGUGCACCGUCGGCUUUUGAGAAAAUUGAAUGCCAUUAGGUGCGCCUUACAGUGCGCAAAAUAGGGUACUUUUAAUUACAAUAUGUGAACAAAAAGUGUUUAUAUAAUGCGCUAUAAAUCAGUGAUUUUAUCAUUUCAUUUUUUUAAACCCGAGGUACUGUCAAGCUUCUGUUCAUUAAUUGAACAUUUGUUAUUUAUACAGCACUGUAUAAUUACCCUCCAAAUUUGGGAUCUUUUAAAAAUAUUCUUAAAAUAAGUGUUAUUCACAGGAUUUUCUAGUAAUUAUACGGGGGGAAAAUGUAAUGUGAAAAACAUAAUAUUUUUUCCUUCGCGGCUCGGCAGUACCUGAGACAUCUACUCGUAGCUAGAUGUCUUAACAAUGAGAACAUUUUUCAUUUAUACAGGACUGUAACAUUACCUCCCAAAUGAGGGAUUUUUUGUGUUUUGUUUACAAAAAUAAUAUUUUAUACAUGCAUGGCAGGCUGAUUGAACACUCCAAAUUGUGACUGUAAGCACGAAUGGUUGUUCAUCUCUGUGUGCCCUGCGAUUGGCUGGCAACUAGUUCAGAGUGUCCCCUGCCUACUACCCGAAGACAGCUGGGAUAGGCUCCAGCACCCCCCGCAAACCUAGUGAGGAUAUAAGCGGUUAGGAAGAUGAAUGAUGAAUAAAUAUAUAUAGAUGGAUAUUUCGUACAAGAUUUUAAUUUGUUAAUUUUACCAAAACAUUAUUUUAAACUGCUUUUUUUUCUUUCCUUUUCAGUGUGGCUCUAAUGCUCCUUCGUACACCUUCCAAAUCUGUUAUUGCAAUUCCUUCUUGGAAAGUCUUGAGUAUGAUACUUGCGUGUGUUUUUGUCCAUUGUUUUGACAAAGACGACAAACAGACUCAGCCUGAGCCGCAGGGUUUCGAAAGCAAGCAUUCGCUAUCCGAUCAAGUAAAGCCAAACAACUACUAGAAUAAACCAAAUGUUCCUUCCUUGGAGAUUUGAACAGCAACAUGAUGUAAAUGACUGUCAAAAUAGCUCCAAUUGUUGUGAGUUUUAUCAGUCAUUUUUAUGUCAAUUAAAAAAAAAACUCAAUUGUCAUUUGACAGUGACAAUACAGUAUUUCAAUUUAAAUUCCGAUUUUGUUUCUGGGCUAUGAGCUGAUGGACAUAUUUGUUGGUCGUAAAAUUUGUGAAGGCGAAACUGCUGAUAUGAGUACUGCGCUCUUUUGUAUUACGUUGAUUUCCAAGCUUUGUAUAACUCUUGGCCAUACGGACACAUUUUUUUUAAGAAGAAGAAGAAGAAUUUAAUUUAAUGCAUAAUACAUGUUGAAGUGUGUGAAAUGUGUGGUUUUAAUACAAAUAGGAGCUUCACGAGUCGGGACAAUCGUCACUCUGGGUGAUUUUCAAAGCAGUUCCUGAUGCAGUACGACCACAUUUCGCCAUUUUUUAUAUAUGAAUGGUACACUUUGGAAAAACUAGUUAAAUAAAUGUGCUGCAGUUUU